AUGACUGAUAUUAAUAAUAAAUAUUCCAAACUAAAAGUGAAAAAAAAUAAAAACCAAAAGAAGAAUAACAAAAAGAAUGAUAAAAAAAAUACUCUUCUUGUAAGUCCUAAUGAUAAACUCAAUAAAGAGAAAAGAAAAGAAAACCACAAGAAUAUAAAUCAAAAGGAUAUAUACAAUAGUAAUAAUAAUGAACAUAUAAAUGAACAAAAUAAUAAACAUAUACAUCUAAACAAUAAGAAAAAGAAAAAGAAAAAAAAUGUACAGUUAAUAAAUGAAAAAUGGAUAAAUAAAAAAAAAAAAAAAAAAAUAAUAAAUAAAAAAAAAAAUAAAAGUAAUAAUACUAAUAUAUAUCAUAAUAAUAAUGUGAAUCAAGAUGAAGAAGAAGAAAAAAAAAAGAACCUAUUUCCUUAUGUGAGUGUAUUACGACAAAAUGUUGUAAAUAAAAAUAUCCAUAUAGAUCGAACAAAUGAUCAUUAUAAAUAUGAUUAUGCCGAUUUACAAAAUAAUAAACAAAAAUAUAAAAAAAAAAAAAAAAUUGAAAAAAACCCAGAAGAUAUAGUUAAUUCUUCUUUAUUUAGAUAUAUCAAUGAAUAUAUGUAUACAAAUAAUAGUGCAGUUGUAGAAAAUAAAUUAAAUCAAACGAAAAAUAUUUUUAAUAUAUAUCAUCAAGGAUAUAAAAACCAAAAAAACAAAUGGCCACAUAAUCCUGUAUCUUUUAUAAUUAAGCAUUUGAAAAAAAAUUUUAACAUGAAUAAUAAAAUUGCCGACUUAGGAUGUGGAGAAGCAGAAAUAGCAAGAACAUUAGAUGGAUGGGAUAUAAUUUCAUUUGAUCUAAUUCAAUAUAAUCAUUAUGUAACUCCUUGUAAUAUAACACAGUUGCCUUUAAAUAAUAAUUCGUAUGAUUGUUUUGUUUUAUCACUAUCUCUUAUGAAUA